GUGCUUAUAAACGUUCCCCUGCCCACACCAAAAGAGCCUGGAGGUCACCGCUUGCUUCGGCUGUCUUUCGGGCAUUGGCACAUUCCCAUUCAUUCCUGGUCACACACACACACACACACACACACACACACACAUAAACACACACACAGACACUUACACACAUUCACACACAUAAGAGUGCGUACUCGGAAGGCUUGAGAGAUUCAGGUGAUUUCAUUCGGAACUGCCACACGCCAUGAAGUCGAGAGUACCCCUGAUGCUUUUCUUGCUUCUGAUCUCUUACGCGUCCUCGGCAGUCAUCACAGGGGCAUGUGAGAGAGAUCCUCAGUGCGGGGGCGGCAUGUGCUGUGCGGUCAGUCUGUGGAUCCGGACCCUGCGGAUGUGCUCGCCCAUGGGCCGAGAGGGAGACGACUGCCACCCCAUGAGUCACAAGGUUCCCUUCUUUGGGAGAAGGCUGCAUCACACCUGUCCCUGCCUGCCUAAUCUUGCCUGCAUUGCCACUCAAGAUGAGACCUUUAAAUGCUUAAAUCCAUUUAAGUUCCAAGAGUACGAACUGUGAAAAGGCUAUCUUAUUUUGUAUAAAAUGUGUAUUAUUUUAUUUAUUUUAAUUAUUGCAAUUAUUGUAUUCAUCCUCAGAAACAACUGUUUACGUUUGAAAUAAAUUAGCAACAAACUUAUGUAUGGUGCAGCUGCAAUAACAGAAACAGCUCAAUGUUGUGCAUAAGACAUGUGAAAAGGAUUUAUUUAAUUGCCAUCUGUUGGUUUUACUUCCAUUUGAACCCUUUAUUUGUGCUAUACCAACAAUGACUCUCAAUGAUUCAUUGUACCUGAUUUCUGAUUUCUGGCAUAACGUCAGGCCCACACUGCCGCUUAAAUUAGUCAUGAGCCUCCUCAUUUGAAAAGAGUAACUUGUUUACCGACAGUCCCGAUGAGUGUUACAGCUUGCUCACACAACAACUUACCGGUUACAUCAUGAGCUAGUUGUAAUGUUAACAACCUAAGAGUUUAAGUUAAACUAAAGUUUGUUUCCUGGGGCAAUAAUAAAGUCUCUGCCACCUGUGUGUUCUGAGCUCAAAUUAUGGAUUUGAUCAUCAUUGCCAUCGUUGACAUGCAUCAGUCGCCAUGUUGUGGGUGGGGCAUUUCAGACCCCAGUCUAUGAUUGUGCUUGUCAUCUUUUCCAAUUUGCAUUUGACAGUUACACAUGCCCAGGGGAGUUCUCCGACUUCAAGACACCAGCAUCAAUCAUGAAGGCUGUUGAUUUGCAUGGUCUGUCUUCAUCACUGUCUGUGGCAUCUAGCUGCCUGUAAAUCCUUUCACAUGAAAAUGAAUAUGUAGAAACACUUUUUGCAUCGAUUUGUUCAUCAUCAUCAGGUAAAACUCACAGGCAACCAUAUAAAUAUGUAAAAUCAUAUAUGCAGAACAACAAAGACUCUGAUGGCCCAACUGGCUCCCACGGGUUGAAAAACAAAACAAAUGUACUCUUAACUUAAUUAAAGGCUUCAAAACAUGCAAGUUCAAAAUUACCUAAUGUGGAAUUUGGCUAAGUAUGGGAUAUGUGGUGAGGCAUUCAGUGCAUUAGCAUGUGGGUCAAUAAGGGGUCAGUGGGUUUAAAUACAUGUAUUUAUUUCUGCAGGCAAAUGGAUUUAUCCUCCAGUUUUGGGUCUUUGAGUGCUUUGGAUUGUUGCGGCAUAUGAUCAGCUGUAACUAAUGAUCAUGGCAUUUCUCUAUUUCUACAAAUCAGUGCAAUCAGAAACCUGAAUAAAAGACAAAUAAUGAA